AUGCCUACAAACAUUCAAUUUAAAGAGCUACUGAACCCCGACAUGCUGGAGGAGAUCAAGGCCGAUAUCUACGAGAAGCUUUCGCAGCAACUCGCCACCAGAUCGGAUGAGCGCUCUGCAGAUGGAGGAGCUCGACCUGACUUACACCAAGCCAUUGCUGCAGCAUUGGACACUCGACUUCAGCUCGGAACCAACGCUCCUCAGACGACAAAAGACGCUGAAAAUUGUGACGUCUAUCAACAAGAGAGUUUACAACAACAGGACAGUGUCCAAGAGGGCGAUACUUUGAUAACCUCUGCAGAACCCACUGAUGCGCCAGCCACGGACGAAGUUUGCUGCGACCGAUUCGACGAGUUUGCUCCUGUUGACGCGUACUACGCGAGGAAGUUCGUGAUGGCAAAGGACCGAGUCGCUGCAUUUGUCGAGAGCAUCACCGACGACGAAGGAAAUACGACCGCGAUAUCAGCGACGCACGUGACGAGUGCACAGCGGAUCCUGAAGAUGUGUGAACGUCUGGAUGUUGCAGAGGCGAGGAGUAAGUUCGAUCCUGUUAGCAAGAUCGAGGUGGACCAGCAAGGCAACAGUCGAGGUUCGCUGAAGAUUCAGCUCUUGGCUGCUCGAGACAUCCUUACUGCCCAUUUGAGGACGAAAAACCUGGAUCCGUACGUGUGUCUGGAGGUUGUCUACCCCUCCCACGCUCUACCGCCGUCGUUGAGCGCACACGCAGCAGUGGGGAGAGUUUUCCGCAGUCAGACGAAGAAGAAGAGCAUUUAUCCAGUUUGGGAGGAGGACUUCGAGUUCGCUCCCAUUCUGUCCCUGAACGGAUACCUCCACGUCCGCGUUCUCAACGAUCGUAGACUCAGUCGGGAGCAGCUCGUGGGCGAAACCCGAAUCCCUUUACACACUUUACUGCACCAGAAGCGAACCGUGGAGUGGUUUUCUCUGGGUCUGAACGUUCCGUCGACAUCAACUGGCUCAACAAGUGUCGUCGUCUCCAAACUGUGCGGUGGCGCUGUACGUCUCCAGUUGCAGUUGUAUUACUCCAGUGUCGAGAGGUACAAGCACGUGGUGGACGAACUGGUAACGCGGUAUUUACACGACCACAACCAGUUGCCCCCGUUCAUCGACGCCAUCGAGAAUCGAGUGGACCAAACGCUGGUGGUGGAGCAGCCGGAGCAGAAUGGCACGGAGUUAACACCAACAACAACAGCAAAUGGCUGCGAACCUGUCGUGUUUGAACAGCGACGACAGAUUGACGCAGACGCUCACUUCCCUCUGGACGAGCUUGCCACCUCGCUCCCCCCGUACACCGUCACAAGAGCAACCAAGCAGGACGCUCCACCAUCGCAAAGUGUGAGUCUUAUUAAAGACGCGAGGAUUUCGGACAGUAAAGACACUCAAGGAUCGACUCAGUUGUCAUCGGAGCGGAGGAAGUCUCUGUGGGAUACAAAACCCUCCGCAUAUAGUGAACGAGCCGCUGCUGUCAACGAUAAGAAACCAUCUGCAAGUGGAACAGAGCUGAGAAAGCAGCAGCCAGCGUCAGUGAUAACUUCAACGGGGGGUCUACGUCGCAGUCAAACGCCUACAGCGCAGUCCAAGAGAAUACGCAACGCUGUCGCUCAACAGCAUCAGAGGAGGAGUAUGGAGACGCCCGAGUGUUUCGUCGAGUACAGUCCGUACCACCCAGCCUUCAAGAGCGUUGAUGUACUCGACGGAUGCAACAAUGAGCUUGGCAGUGGCAGUGGUGGUGGGAGGAACGCCCGCAUCACACCGAGAGCUGCCGAUGUGAACCGGAAGACGGACCUGAGCAUUUUUAAGAGUCCGAGCUUGACUCGCCGGCCGCCCAGCUCCGGCUUCCCAGAGCGGUACAUUGGCCUGGACAACAAGACGUUCGAGCGACUCGCGUGCUUUUUGCAGAAGGUAAAGUCACUUCGAAGCAGGUUUUAUCUCUGGCAAUAA